AUAACAGAUUAAAGAGAAUCGUCGAGCCGACAAGAUAAGCGCUGGGCCUCAGUCGCAUAUCCUCGAGGGAGUCACUUGGGACGAAGCUAGCAAGCUGGUGGGAGAAGACGCUGCCAACACGCACACUGGGGACCACGUGGUGCUAAUGGGCGCAGCAUCCAAAGGCAUCAUCCAACGAGGGUACCAGCACAAUGCGACCGUCUACAGCGCGCCGUACGCUCGCAACCCGUUCGACCACGUGACCGACCGGGAGAUCGACGAGUACCGCCGCGUGGUGGAGCGCAAGCAGCGCGGCAACGAGUACGACACCGACCUGUCUGAAUCUGAGGCGAUUAGCGCGGCGCAAAUCACAUCGCCCGCCAGCGCUCCUUCGGAGACCGAGGAGGAGUCCAGGGAUGAACACCGAGUGCUGAGAAUAGAGACCAAGCAAGCGCCAGUGAGGAGUCAACCUGAGGUCGUGCUGAGUGAUGAUGAGUUCCUGAACGCCGAACGCGCUCACGCGGACAGGACUAAAGAAGUGGCACAACCGGACCCGAACCUGUUGCCUGAUGAUGAAGUGUUCCUGUCUUCCGGCACUGCGUCUCCGGCGCCCGUGGUUGUGGUCCGAGGUCCCAUCAGAGACGACGAGGUCUUCCUUGAUUCGUCGGUGUCAAGCGCGCCGCCGCCGACCAAAGAAGUGGUGGUCAGGUCGCAACAGGUCGCCGCAGUUCAACGCGUGGUCGUUAGAGGUAGGGAGAAGGGGGGAGAGGAGAUGACUGGUAGAGGAUGUUGUGAUUAA